UUUUGUUUUGAUAACCAUAUACGUUGCUAUCUGUUUUCGGCAUUUCUGCUUUGCACUUUGCAACUUUGAAGAAAAAAAAUUGAUUCAGUAAGAUAAAAAAGAAAGCGAAUUUCACUUUUUGGGCAUUGCAUUCCGUGUUGGGUUGUUGAUGGUAAACGUUAUAUGUGAUCAAAAUGGAUAUUCACGCUUGGUUGCCGGUGAUCUUCUGCAGUCUUUCCAUACCAUUAUCAUUAUUUAUGUGGCUGGGACAUCUAGCCUUCUCGAAAUUUUGGCACAGCAAUGAAUUUGAAGAACCUCCUGUGAUAUCGCCGACACGUUGGCUAUUUUCAACCUUGGCUCCCCUCGCGCUCAUGAUAAUUGCCUUGCGCAGGAAGUCGGUAAACAAAUCAGGCGCCGUAUUGGGAGUACUAUUCGCAUUCAUUUUAUCACUUGCGAAUCAUGCUUUCUUCGCCAGUUUGGCGGCAUUCUUCUUCAGUUCUUCCCGAGCCACUAAAUUCAGAUCACAUCUGAAAAGAAAAUUUGAAAAGGACUUUAAGGAAGGCGAAGGUCAACGAAAUUGGGUGCAGGUGCUGUGCAAUAGCGGUAUGGCCACACAGUUGGCAAUAUUGUAUCUUAUAGACUGUGGCAGUUGUGAACGGCCCAUUAACUUCACUGAUGAGUAUCGCUCCAGCUGGCUAGGGCUUGCGGUUAUGAGUGCCUUCGCAUGCUGCAAUGGCGAUACAUGGGCGAGUGAACUGGGCAGUGUGCUUUCCAAAUCGGAACCUUUUCUCAUCACCACACGACGUCGUGUACCGCGCGGCACCAAUGGUGGUGUGUCAUUCCAUGGACUUGCCGCUAGUCUGGGAGGCGGUUUAUUUGUUGGCUUUGCUUACUAUUUAACUGUGCGUUACACUGUCGAUGGGCAUAUUUUAUUAUCAAGCCCUCCACAAUGGCCGCUCAUCAUUUUCGGUGGAGUGGCUGGACUUUUUGGUUCGUUGGUGGAUUCAUUUCUCGGCGCAACAAUGCAAUACUCUGGUAAGGACAAAGAGGGUAAAAUUGCCGAAUGCCCCGGAUUGGGUGUAGUACAUAUUAGCGGUUUACGUAUACUGGACAAUCACAGUGUAAAUUUAAUUUCCAGCAUUAUAACCGGUGUAACUAUGCCGUUAGUUGCUUUGAAAUUUUGGCCUAUGCAUUAAUUAGUAUUAAGGAAGAUAUAAGAAUACAUACAAACAUAGAUAUUGAAAGGGAGUUAAAAAAUGUAUGAACUGUAAAAAUCAUAAAAAAUGUCUAACUAAGUGGAAACCUUUAGUCAUUUUUGUUAAGUUUUAUUUACAAAUUUCCUCAAAAUAUUCUCAUAACGACUUUUUCGAACUUACUUACUGUUUGCCUUUAACAUCGAAUACCAACGAAAGCGUGGCAUAGUCAAUUAUAAGUAUGUUUAUUUCUAAUAUUGUACGCUAAUUUAAGUCUAUUAUUAACUAAAACAAACUACUAGAACUGAUUCAUUUUUAAUUGAAUGAAAAAAAAUGUAAAAUAACUAUUUUGAAUUCUGAAAAGUAGUUAAUGUGUCUCAAAGUGUAACUAAAAAGAACUGGAUUUAUAUUAUAAAAUAGCGAUGGCAACUAUUUAUAACGUAACAAAAAUGUAAAUGUGACUAAUAAAUAUUUGUAAAAGCAUGAAAAAA